AUGCCUAAAAAACACCCCGAGUCACCUUCCUCCUUCGAGUUCAUCGUGACUCCAGACGCUUCACAGAGUGCCCCCAAGGAGAAUUACGGAGUUCGAACGACAACUUCUCCUGCCAUCAAAAAUGCUCCUUUGCCAGCCGAUGGUGCUGGAAACGAUUCUUGGAACAAUGCCAUGCUACUGUUCCUCUUGGUAUCUAUCCCGUGGUUCAUAUCGUUCCAUCUCGGUGGUGGCCUUUUCUUCACAGUCUUCAUUGGGAUAUGCACCGCCAUUCCAAUUCUCAUGGCAUUCUGGACCGCUUGCUCCUUCAUGUCCCCACGCAUGAAUGAAAAAGCAACCCUUCCGGGUCGACCAGUUGAGCAUUAUCUCAACUUUCGCACUCAAAGUGAUCGUGCAAAAUACCAGGGCAAGAGGAAGAUCCCUAUUGAGGUGUUCUAUGAAAAGUAUUUUCGCGGUGAAGUUACUUUCAACAGUGGAGAUUGUUUAGAGAAUCUGGAGUACCGACACGAUUGGGCGAGUUUCAGAUUUACUUGGGGGGUUUUCAGACAUUUCCUGUUUGGAUUCGUUCCCGAACUUGUUGUGCACUCUCGAUCUCAAGACGAGGAACAAGUCAGUGGGACUUAUGACCGUGGCGACGAUUUCUAUGCAUGGUUCCUAGGCCCUCGUAUGGUAUAUACCUCCGGUUUGAUUGGGGAUGUCACUAGAGAAGAGUCCUUGGAGCAGUUACAGGACAACAAAUUGACAGUGGUUUGCGAGAAGAUUGGAUUGCAGCCUGGCGAUACGAUGCUGGAUAUUGGUUGCGGCUGGGGAACUCUGGCAACUUUUGCGAGCGUCCACUACAAGGCGCUUGUAACUGGGGUUACGCUUGGCCGCAACCAGACCGAAUGGGGCAAUACUACCCUCGAAAGCGCUGGAAUUCCCCAGACUCAAAGCCGAAUUCUUCGCAUGGACUAUCGUGACUCGCCUAGGGUUCCUGGGGGAUACAAAAAGAUCACAAGCCUGGAGAUGUCGGAACAUGUUGGUGUUCGUCACUUCCGUGGUUUCCUUCAACAAGUCUAUGAUAUGCUGGACGAUGAUGGUGUGUUCUAUUUGCAGUAUUCUGGGCUUCGGAAAUAUUGGCAAUACGAAGAUCUCAUAUGGGGGCUGUUCAUGAAUAAAUAUGCGCCGAUGCCAGUACCCCCCUUGGGAUGGGUGAUUGAUAAACUGGAGGGAACCGGCUUCGAGGUCAGAGGCAUUGACACUGUUGGAGUACACUACUCAGCAACUCUGUGGCGUUGGUACCGCAAUUGGCUUGCCAAUCGACAGAACGUGGAGGCAAAGUACGGAGCAAAGUGGUAUAGGAUUUGGGAAAUCUUCCUUGCCUGGUCCACUAUCGUUUCCCGUCAAGGCGGUGCAACUUGCUAUCAAAUUAUUCUCGUCAAGAAUCUUAACUCUACUCACCGUGUUGAGGGCGUGCCGAGCCAGUUUGGAAUCACCGAAGCACUCAGGUCGGCGGUUGAGAAGAUUGGAGGAAUUCCAAGUGCCUUCCUAUCUUAA